UGCGUGCGCGGCCCCGCGGCCCCGCGCGCUCCCGGUCUGCGCGCCAUCUUGGCUACUCCGUGAGUGUCUAACGUGGCCUUUCUACGGUGUGCGCAGCCAGAGAGUUCACCCAGGCCACGGGAGCAGAAUGGAACACUACCGGAGGGCUGGCUCUGUAGAGCUCCCGGCAUCCUCACCAAUGCCCCAGCUUCCUCCGGACACCCUGGAAAUGCGAGUCCGAGACGGGAGCAAAAUCCGGAACCUGCUGGGACUGGCGCUGGGUCGGCUGGAGGCGGGGAGCACGAGGCAUGUGGUGUUCUCAGGUUCUGGCCGGGCGGCCGGAAAGGCUGUCAGCUGUGCAGAGAUCGUCAAGCGGCGGGUUCCAGGCCUGCACCAACUCACCAAGCUUCGUUUCCUGCAAAGUGAGGACAGCUGGGUCCCAACCUCACCAGACACGGGCCUAGACCCCCUCACAGUUCGACGCCAUGUGCCUGCCGUGUGGGUACUGCUCAGUCGGGACCCCUUGGACCCCAGUGAAUGUGGCUACCAACCCCCAGGAGCACCCCCCGGCCUGGGCUCCAUACCAAGUUCCGGCUGUGGUUCCAGACCCCGAAGGAGGACUCGGGACACCCGGUCCUGAAGACCUGCGGAGCCUGACUGUGUACUGGACCUGAAUAUCCGUGCCUUCUCUAAGAAGCGCUUGGGUGGCAUUCAACAUGCCAGCAGGGCUUGAGUCCACUGAAACCCUGCCUUCCCCCCCCUGGAGUGUGGGAUGUCACUGCCAUAAAGAAUGACGGGUGUGGGGUCAGUGCUAAGUUAAAGACUGCUUGGGAAGGGCUUGCU